CCACAGCAUGUUACAGCAUGCAAGGCUGUGGUCUGAGCUCACAGAAACACAGAGAGCGCCGUCAAGCAGUGGACAUCCUAAUCUGGUGCACAUCACUGAGAGAUAACACAUCGUGAAAAGGAUCAAAAGUUCUUCAAUCAUGGAUAACAUGAGUUACCCAAGCACUACCCCAAACCCUGGAGAUGAUGAUGAUCCUGUGAAAAAUGACUAUUCCACAGCCUUUGGUGCCCUCAUCCUCAGCUUGGUCUUCCUUUUGGGUGUCCCUGGAAAUCUCUUCAUUGUCUGGAGCAUCUUGACUCGCAUCCAGCGGCACUCAGUCACCACCCUACUCAUCCUCAACCUGGCAUGUGCUGAUGGGUUCGUCAUGGCCCUCACCAUCUUUUUCAUCAUCUACCUGGGCAUGCAGACAUGGAUCUUUGGUAACACCAUGUGCAAAAUCCUGUUCUACCUGUGCAACUCCAACAUGUACGCAUCAAUCUUUCUAAUAACGCUGAUGAGCGUGCACAGGCUGGUGGCUGUGGUGUUUCCGCACACACUGUCCCACCUGAUCACCAGGAAGGUUGUGAGGAGGGUGAUCAUGGGCAUGUGGGUGCUGGUGAUGGUCAUACCCAUCCCAUCACUGGUGUUUCGAAAUGUGAAAGAAGAAACUGAAGACGUGAACAAUAAAAGAUACAUCUGUGUUCCCAGUCAUACCCUGCCUAAACAUGUGAGGUUUCAGUAUGCCUUUGAGACAGUGGCAGGAUUCAUUAUUCCUUACACAAUCAUUAUAAUCAGCUAUGUUCUCAUCCUGAAACGCCUGAGAGAGACCAAGUUCCAACGAAAGGUCCGCAGCGAGAAACUCAUCCUGGCUGUCGUCAUCACCUUCGGCCUGUUCUGGCUGCCGUAUCAUGUCGUCAACAUGAUGCAGGUGGCAGCUAAGUGGAACUCAUGGAAUUCACCCAUGAAAGCGAGUUUGGACAAGUUCGCUCAAACCAGCCGCCCAGUGACCUCAGCUUUGGCCUUCAUCAGCAGCUGUGCCAACCCAGUCCUCUACACCUUUGCUGGGAAAUCGUACAUCAAGGAGAAUGGCUUUGCCUUCAUGGCUAAGCUCUUUGAGGGAACAUCAUCAGAUCAAACAGAAACCAAACCUGGCCGGUUCGCAACUAAAGACGAACUGGGAAAUAGUAAAGUUAAUUUUGCAAACUACACAGUGGCUUCUACUUAACAACAUGCGUGUUGACUUCAUUCACUGAACAGACUGUGUACAUAAAUGAGAGCAUUUAAAACUAUGCAAAGCUUUAAGUCGAUGCUACAGUACAAACAAUCAGCACCAUCAGUAUUUGUUUUUAGUUAGAAUGUGAUAAUAGUAUUUAAAUAAAAGUCAGGCACCAGCAGUUUACUUUUGCCUGCAUGCACCUGAAAAUCUGUACAGUAUAUCAGGAUUGUAAAUAAACUUUUAAAAGACUGAAUAAAAACUGUAAUAACUUUA